UACUGGCUAAUAGAAAAGUUCAAUGUAAAUGUUUCGAAAUUCCAUAUUUGACUUCCGAGAAAUUGAGGAAUAUGGUUGGACAGGAUUCGCAAUUUCCUGUAUUGUAUAAUGUGUGAACCCCUUUAGUUAGAGGAAACUCCGAAUUGAUCGAUGCUGGGAUUGACACAAUUUGGAGAAUGGUAAGGUAAAAAUACAUUCACAAAGAAAGAACCUGGCUUCUGUUUGCACAGCACUGAUUUAUUUCAUUUUGGCAGUGUACAGGGCGUUUUUUAUAGAACUAGAUUUUAUCAGCGCUCGAAGGCUGAUCUCAGUAAAAACAAAACUUCUUCUCGUAGAAGUUGUGCAAUCUUUUACAACUUUUUGUUCUACAUAUUUGAGAAAAAUCAGUUAAUUAUUUCUGUCUUUUCACAAAGAUGGUAUAUAAGGCUGUUACUUCUUCCUGCUCCAGAUUCUAGUUUGACUCCCAAGAAGAAAUGAACAUCCUGCCUAAACUGAUCUUAUUUUUGGGUUUGGUUCGCAGCUUUCAAGCUCUGGACCCCCGAAAGAGAAUUUCUGUUUCUCCAUUUGUGUUAGAUUGGCCUGAAGAGAGUGAUAAUUUUGAGAAGGAGGCCAUCGGGUGUACAAGUGGUGGCUGUACAAAAAGAUCAGAUCCUGAUGGCCCCUUUUGGGCAAAUAGGGGAAAGAAGGAUCCAUCAUACCUUCAGAAUAAAUUGUACGCGCAAGAACCAACUUGGGUUUACUUGUCAGAUGAACAUUACGGUUACAAUGAACCUUUUUUUGUAACUAGAGGGAAAAAGAGAUUCGACUUAAUGAAGAAAAAUCAGUGGCUUCUCAAGGAGGUUGGUCAAGACAAGAGGACAGAAGGAGCUCCAGACCCAUUUUUCGCAACUAGAGGAAAGAAAAACGAUUAUUAGUUUUCUCAUUUUCCAUUUUUUCCCAAAAUGUGAUGGUUUUUCAAAAACGAGGAAUAUGCACUCUCGACAAGAAAUGGACUCGUCGUUUUUGAUAUUUCCAUUCAAAAUUAUACAUAUCAUUAUCAUAGUCAGAAAUGUAGCAUCAUAUAAUUCACCCAAAAUAAAAAUUGUUGGUCAUUGACAGUUGGUGUCACGAACGCUAUGUUAAUCUCAUAAAUGUUUAUUGAUGUUGAAAAUUUGAAUACUGUGAGAAUAAAUUUGAGGUGAAUAUCUAAUUUUUCAAUCUGAAUUAGUUGCUUAUUUGUCCUGUUUAUGUAAUUUUCAUAGACAAAUAGAAGUCUAUGUUUAUACCUUCAGCGUUUUCACUAGGAAGUCGUUUAUUAGAGGAAAUGUAAAUUCGAAUUUUAUUGCCUUAUUCGCGAAUCAAAUGGAAAAGUAGAUUUGUGAGAUCACUCCUAUGAAGAAACGAUGUUCAUCCUGAUGUUAAGUAUUGCUUGCAGUCAAAUAUCUAUUUAAAAUCUCAUCAAUCAACGUUAA